AUGGACGGACUUCCUAGGCUCCCAGCUGUUGGUUUGCCUAUGAAAAAGUCUGAGUUUGUGCCUGAUCUACAGCCAUUGAAAAAGUACAUCGAAGUGCAAUAUCAACAAUCUUCCAGUCUCUUCGAGAAGGAAUUCAAUAGUUUCCUUAGCUUACGAAAAUGUGCCUGUGAACCUUCUGUCGAUUACACUGGACUUUCUCAACUGAAACGGUAUUAUGCUCAACUGCAGCUACUUAAAGGCAGGUUUCAUUUUUCCGCCGCAACGUGUACAGAUGUAACAUGGAAAUGGCAAGACAUUUUUUCCGAUUGUCUUUUGGAGUCUUCGGAUAUUCGUUUCGAAGAAGCAUCCGUAAUGUAUAACAUCGCCGCCCUUCAUUCUAUUUUGGGUGUCAAGGAGAAGAGAGCGGAUGCAGAUAGUAUGAAAAUUGCUUGUACGCAUUUUCAAUGCGCUUCUUGGGCUCUAAAUACACUAGUCGAGCGUCAUCUACCUGUAUCAGGUGCAACUGAUUUGACCAGUGAGCUCAUGCUACUCUUUGGGUCAUUGAUGCUAGCACAAGCUCAAGAAUGUGUUGUAGAAAAGUCUAUACUGGAUAACAGGCCAGCUAAUGUGACUGCUAAAUUGUCUCAGUACAUUAUGGAGGUUUACGAAAAUGUUGGUGCCCAGCUGUUAGGGUUUGAGUCUAAUGAUAAAAUAGUUCUCCCAAAAUAUUCUAAAGAAUGGCGUCGUCGAUGUCAAAUAAAGACUAAUUUUUAUUCAUCGUUAACGGCUUAUUAUGCUGGCAUAAAUGAAGAAGAAAAUAAAGUUUAUGGCAAAGCUAUAGCAUGGUUUCAACUUGCUAACAAUUGUAUGGAAGAUUGUAAGACGAAUGCAAAAAACUUCAAAGACUCAGAUAAUUCAUUUAUGAUGACUUCAGGUGGCACCUAUCGUGCCAGUUCCAUUUAUGCUGGAGAAUUAAUCUCUAAUAAGUUAACAAGUUCUACAAAAGACAACGAUUUUAUAUAUCAUGAGUUAAUCCCGAAAAUCGAGUCCCUUGAACAGAUUAAAGGAGUAUGUAUUGUCAAAGGUGUCCCAUUCGACCACAACGAUAUAGAAGUCAGAGGUCCAGAUAUUUUCCAUCGACUUAUACCAAUGAAUGUGUUGGAGUCAGCUUCCAUAUAUAGUGAAAUGAAGGCAUCACUUUUGCGUACUUUAACUGGUGAAGUUGACACAAAAGAAGAUGAGUUAGACAAAUUUUUAUCUACUCUGUAUUUGGAUACAACAAAAAUGUUAGCAGGAGAUCCACCUUUCCCUCAAUCGCUUUACAAUUUAUUCGCUCGUAUGGAUUCUGUAGAUAGAGAUCCUAAUGGGGAAUUGUCGAAACAACUAAAAAGCUUGGUAAAUCUGAGUGUUGAUGGCGACAGUGAAUUUGAAAAUCUAUCUAUUAAAAUGAAAGAUGUGGAAGAAUUUUUCGAUAUGUUAGUCAAAACAAAAGGAAGUGAAAAGACAAAAAAAUUCAAUGUCAUUGUUAAAAAUUUUAAAGAACGUUUUAAAACUCUUUCGGAUGCUAAUCAACAAGCAAAACAAUCAAAUAAUCAAUUAAAAGAAUUAAUUACUAAUCAAUUACAAUCAUUUGAUAUAUUAAAAAUAUCAUUAGAAGAAUUUAUAAAGAAGUUACCAUCUGUGAAUAAUUUAAUUACUGAUUCAACACUGAAUAAUAUCGCUAAAGAAUCACAACGAUUGUUUGAUAAAGUCAAUGAAAUGCGUCAACAACGUGUUGAAUUAAUUAAUCAACUAAGAACUAAUCUACAUCUAGAUGAUGUAGACAGUGAUCUACUUAUUAUACCAGAUGAAGUUAAACAAGAUUUAAAUAGUUGGUUUGAAAAUCGUUUAAAAUCAAAACAUGAUCAUCUUGUUAAUAUUAUUAAACAAAAUUUAAAAGCACAAGACAAUAUUCAAUCAGCUUUAAUUGAUUUAAAUGCUGAAUUUGCACCGAAAUGGACAGAAUUAUCAGAAAUUCGAACAAAACGUUCUGAACAAAUCGAUAAUAUAUUAUUAACUAAUGAAGCAUUCAAUGAUAUUCUAUUGAAAUCAAAACAAGGCAUUAAUUUUUAUAAUAAAUUAAUUAAUCAAUUAAAUGAUCUUGAUAAAGAAAUUGAUCAAUUUAUUAAAAAUUUUAAUAAUCAAUUAAAUUUAUCAAUGAAUGAAUUAUCAAAACCUGUAUCUAGUCUAACCAUUGGGACUACACCUCAAUUACCGACUGCGUCAACGCCUUCAUUUCCAACUCUUGGCGAUUACAUGAAAGCGAUGCGCCCAACCACAGUACCUACUCAUCCUAAUAUGUAUAUGGGACCAAUGGGAUGGCCUGUGCCAACACUGACUUCAAGCCAACCAAAUCAACAGUUAAAUUUACCCACGAAUCCUGCCACUGUGUCUUCACCAUUCGCUACAACGUCUAUUUCACCGAAUCAUUCCGUAGUUAAUUCGUUUGUUCCAUCCGUGUCAUCUGACGUUUACUAUAAACAAAAAAAUGUUACCCAACAUUUUCCAUACCAUCCUACUACCCAGCCACCUUUUAGAGGUCCAAUGACAUAUACACCACUGUACAACUCUCAACAGUUUCCAACAACUGAUGUUAACGUUCAACCAGCUGCCGUUCCUAUGCCUGGUUCAUCAUAUGCUGCAGGAUUUCAAACAACUAAUCCAAUGCAAACCGCUGUUCAUCGUUCACCUACUGUAACUUAUGGUGCUCCUCAAGUUGUUAAUAUGGUAAAUCCUUUGGUACCUCCAUGUCAACAACCCAAUACUUUUCUUCCACAAACUACGAAUAUGCCAUCCUCACAACCAAAUAAUUUAUCUGGUACAUUCGAAUCUAGAUUUCUUCCGAAUAUUCCUCGGAUUCCUGUUCUCACGUCUACAACAACAUCGUCACUGUCACAAUUUCCUAUACCUGUUAACAGUCGAUUCUCACAACCUAAUAACUUUAUUCAAACUUCCAUUCGAUCAACUAAUCCUUUAGUUUCACCAAAUUAUUCAUCAACGAAUUCUAACCAGUUUCCUCCUCAGUCUGUUUGGCCAUAUCAAUCAAUCAAUAAUAAUCUGACUUAUCAAAAUCCUCCUCAAAACUAUUCAAAAACAUUACCUACAGAAAAUUUCAACGUGGUCGGUAUUCGAUAUCGUCAAUCUAAUUCACCUUUUCCAAAUACAUUAUCAUAUCAGAACCCAAUGCCUCAUAUAAAUAAUUCCUCUGUGAAUCCUGGACAAAUUUCGAUUGCAUCACAACAAUCCUAUACGACUCUGCCUAACCACAGCCAGUCCAUACAUUCUGUUUCACAAUGUAACACUAAUGCAACAACACAGUCAAUACUACCAACAAAUGUAACUCAGACUUACCUAAAUUCACAGUAUCCUGAUAGUAACAGUAAUAAUUCGACUGAAAAAACAUCAAAUCAAAUUAAACCAUUCAAUUCAGAAUCAUCUCUAACAGUCCUGGAUACCGAUAAUGAUGCUUAUUUGUCAUCUAGGUUGAAAUCAAUAUCUCCUAUUGAACCACAAGUUUUAACUAAAGAUGAUUUAGAUGCAAAACUUAGAGAAGAACGUUUACGUGAGGCCUAUUCGGGCAAUUCAAAUUCUCUGUCACUACCAACCUCUACGUCAACUCUUAUCAAAUCGUCAUCAUCAUCAUCAUCUAAUCCUACAACUGUCAAUGAAAAUAAAAAUUCCUCUUUAAAUCCAAUCCAAUCUGAUUCACUUACUUCUUCAAUUGUUACACCGAAUUCUAUUAAUUGUCAACCAGUCCUAUCAAAAUGUCAACCACCGGAAUUAUUAUCUGAUCCACUUGUGUUAAAUCAAUUUAUUACAUCGGCUGAAUUACUUCUUACAUGGUUAGAAAAUCCUAAUGAAUUAAUUACUACCGGAGAUAACGAUAUCCCAGUAACUUCAUCAAAUCUUACUACUACUACUAUAACUCGAUUAAAUAAAGCAUGGCAAAAAGUACAAACAAUUGCUAAUUCUUUUACAACUUCUAUUUAUUUCAAUGGUAAACGACCAACACAUGCAAUUGCACUAUGUUGUCCAUCCAAAAAUCGUAAUCAAAAUUAUGUUCCUUACGAUAAUAAUCGUGUAAUAUUAAAAUCAUUAAAAAAUGAUUAUAUUAAUGCAAGUUAUAUUGAUUUUCAAUAUCAUUUAGGUAAUUGGUGUCCAAGGUAUAUUAUUACACAAGUUCCAAUGAUUAAAACAAUUAUUGAUUUUUGGACAAUGAUACUUGAACAAAAUUGUGAAAUUAUAGUUACAUUAAUACCAUCUCGUAUGAAUCGUACUACUACUACUACUACUACUACUAAUAAUAAUAAUAAUAAUAAUAAGUCAUUUUAUUCCUCGAUUUCAUCUGGUGAAGGAGCUUCUGAUGAUGAACAUGAUCCAUUACGUAUUCCAACAUAUUUGCCAGAUAAUAAAACUGGUGCUAAAUUAUUAUUACCUGGAAGUCAUAUAGAAAUACGAUUACAAUCUAUUAAACAAUCUUCUAUUGAAAGGAAUACCAUGCCACAAGAUGAUCAAAAUAGAGAUAUCGAGAUAAAUGAUUCAAAUCGUCAUUCCAAUUCUUCAACACAACAUCAUUAUCAUCAUCAUCAUCCAUGGACUGAACGAAUUAUUACUGUACAAGAUUACAAUACAAAAAUAACACGUAGUCUAGUUCAUUUCACAUAUCAUUAUCCAUUUCCUUUGAAUAUACCUUCAUCAGAUCAUGAUAACAGUUCAAUGAAUGAUCGAAAUGUUGUACAAUUAGUAACAUUCAUUCAUCAUGUACAUAAUUAUUAUAAACAACAACGUAAUUUAAUUCAUCCUAUAGUAGUUGUUUGUGAAUAUGGUACUGAAUUAAGUGGUAUAUUUAUUACUGCAUCCGUUGGUAUAUUACAUGCAGAUAUAUUAAAUAGAAUGAGUGAUGUAUUCACUAUAGCUGGUUAUUUAUGUCAACAACGUUAUGGUGUAUUAAAUAAUUCAUAUCAAUUAUAUAAUGCUGUACGUCUAAUUGGUUAUUCUGCUAUUGAGACAUUAGCUAAAAAUGAUAUUGUGAUUGGUCCAAAACAUCGAUCAUCUUCAACACUGACGACAACGACAACAACAACAACAACAAUGAAUAACUCGGAAGCAAGCAGUUCAAUCACUAAUUCAACACAAUUUAAUAAGAAUAAUCCAUUGGAUAAUCUUUUUUCAAAACAAUUUUUAAAAUUAGAUGAUUUAAUUUCAGUAGUUGAUAAAUGGUCCAUGUCUAAUCAAUCUGGAUUGACUACUUCUUAUAGUGUAGAAACUGAAGAUAAGUUUACUGGUUCUAAUUUAGAAAAUAAUGAAUCAAAUCAAGCUACAUUAAAGAAUGAAAUGCCUGUUAAUGAUGAACAACAACAACAACAACAGCCAAUCGAUAAAUCCAAUGUAAAUCCUUCAACUAUCAUAUCAUUAUCAGAUGAUCCGCCUAAUUUACUGUCACAAUCUUCAGAAAUCAAUAAACAAACAGAUAACUCUAAACUACCUGAACAUUUAAUAAAUUUAAAUAAUUUAACUAAAAAUUCUACAUAUAAUAAACGUUAUACUCGUCAAGAUUUUGAAGAUCUUUUCAAUUCUUCAACUACUACUACUACUACUACUACUGAAUUACAUAAUCAUGAAUCAGAGUUAAAUUCAAAUGAUCCAUUAAAUAAACUAGAUCCAUUACGGAACUCGAAAUUCAUUGAUCAUUCAGUAAAUUCUUAAUAGGCUUAUUUUUCUUUUUUUUUUCAAAACAAAAAUUUACAUUUAGAAACCUGUUUCUUUUUGUUGUUGUUGAUCUUUCUCUUUCAUCUUUCCGCCUCAUAUUGAUUUUGUUCAUUUGUAUUAUUAUUAUUAUUAUUAUUAUUAUUAUUUAAAAGAUGAUUUAUUUUUUAUUCAUUUUCAUACCUUUUUUGUUUAUUGAUUUAUUUGUUGUCGUUUUUUUUUGGUGUUAUAACGUGUGAGUGCGUGCCCCAGUUUUUAUAUCGUUUGGCUCACCUAUUAGAGAACAAUGAUUUAUUGAUCGGAUCAAUAAUACACAAAAGCCGUAUGAGCAGUCUUGAGUUCUUAUCAGUCCU